GAUUAAUUAUAAGCUUAUAAGAUAAAGCAUUUCAAUCUAAUAAAUACUCUCGACUGUUAACUUGAUGACAGUGUUGCUUUAGACAUGAAGGUCCUCGUGGUCCUCGCUGGAUUUAUAGCGCUGUGCUCGUGCAGUGCAAUCCCUCAGGUUCCUGGUGACAACAGUCACUAUGUAGAGGGUGUGAGUCGCUUCAUCUGGAUGCCAGAUGGUGACGGCGUACCGCAUCUCGUUGACUUGGAAGAACCCGUGGACCACAGCGUACUAAAUUCCAGAAAUGGCGCUAAUAACGAAUACUUGUUAUUCACAAGACAAAACGCGAACUCUCCACAAACCCUCAUCAACGGCAAUGCCAACUCCGUGAGGAACUCGAACUACCGCGCUAACCGUCCCACCAAAGUCAUUGUCCAUGGAUGGAACAGCGACAGAAACUCUAAAGUAAAUACAAUGAUUACAUCAGCCUAUCUCGCCGUUCAAGACGUGAAUGUUAUCGUAGUAGAUUGGCGACGCUUGGCCAAUUCCAACUACAUCACUGCUUCCAACGGUGUUCCCGGAGUUGGGCAAUUCCUUGGCAACUUCUUAAUCUGGCUUUUCAACACUGGCGGCGGUAACUGGAAUCAGCUUCACUUAAUUGGAUUCAGUUUGGGAGCCCAUGUCGUAGGAAACGCCGGCCGUGUUGCUGGCGGUAGACCUAUCCGUGUCACUGGUCUUGACCCAGCUGGUCCUAGAUGGGGAGGAAAUAACCAGGCCCUGAACCGUCAAUCUGGAGUAUACGUUGAAGCAAUCCAUACUGACGGUGGUUCAUUGGGUAUCUUCGACCGCAUCGCACACGCUGACUUCUACCCGAACGGAGGCAGAAACCGGCAACCAGGUUGCUUGAUCAGCACAUGCUCGCACAGUCGCGCUUACGAACUAUUUGCUUCAAGUGUCCGCACUAACCACUUUGUUGGAAGACAGUGCAAUAACAUCAACGACGCGAAGAACAACAGAUGUGCUGGUGCUUCUCUACAUAUGGGCAACGGCAUCCUCAACAAACGCGGAAAUGGUAUAUUCGGCUUGAGAACCGGCAGCUCUUGGCCUUUCUAAGGACUCUGAUAACACCAAAAUAAAUAUUAUAUUAUUUCCUUA